AGGUGAUACAUCUAGACUCACACACACACAUACACAUAUAUAGUGUGUGUUUUAAUUGUCUCUCACUUGAGAAAGUGUCUUUCGAAGAUUUCUGCACAAGGGUUAGAACCAUUCACCAUGAGAAAGAAGUUAUGGAUUUUGCAGGGUCUAAUCAUGAUGGAAUGUUAUGUGGCUUUUAUAGCAGAGGCAAUGGUGCAAGAGAAGGCGGAGGCAACCAUUCCGGUCACAACCCUAUCGCCUCCGGAAGGCAACACCACAUUCCUUGAUGGCACAACUUGGUGUGUUGCCCUUGCCGGUGUCCCCCAGGUUGAUCUCCAGAAUGCAUUGGACUGGGCCUGCGGUCUUGGUAUGGCAGAUUGCAAACCUAUUCGAUCCGGUGGCUCGUGCUUUUAUCCCGACACGCUUGUGUCCCACGCCUCCUAUGCCUUCAACAACUAUUACCAACAGAAUGGAAAUUCUGAAAUUGCUUGCAAUUUUGGUGGAACUGCCACUUUAACUAAAAAUAACCCUAGUUAUGAUAAAUGUGUCUAUGCUUCUUCAGGGUCCCAAGCAUCAUCCGCAACUCCAUUGUCGCACUAUAAACCGAGUUUUAUUGGGUGGAAAUUUGUGGGGGUUCUGCUGGUUUUGUACUUGAGAAGUUGAUUCACGGUGAGCUUUUCUAGCCACAAUGCUGAAUGGUGUUUUUUGGGGUUCUAUUUUAAGCAGUGGCAAGAAAAAAGAGAGAAAAGAAAAAGAUAUUAGGUUUUGAAUUUUGUGUAUGGUUGGACAAAAAGACCUUCCUACAUGUGCACUUGGGUUAGCAUUUUGUAAUGUUGAUUAAGCAAAAGAUGUUCCUUCCUUUAUUGUUGGGUUAGGAAUCACAAUCUCUGUGAAUGCAAUUGUCCUUUGCCUUCUCUAAUUUUAUUUUUUUUAUUAUUUUUUAUUUUUUAUCUCUCCCUUUAAUCUUUUCCAUGUCUUAUGUUAAGGAAUUGGAUGUUUCUUGUCUGUCCAUGCAGUGGCAGACUUAGAAAAUUUUGUGAGGGAGAUAGCCUUUUAAUUUAUGGGACAAACUUAUAUGGUGGGUUCAUUUUUGUAAUUUCAAUGGAGGAUUAUUUAUAAAUUUUUAAAAAUUUAAAGUAUAAAAUACAAAAAAAAAUAAUUUAGUAGGGCAAAUUGUAAUUUUAGUGGAGUAUCUUCAUAAAUUCUAAAAAAAUUAAAGUAUAAAA